GGCCAGAAGAAGCUGAAAUUUGAGAGUGUACGUUUCCUUGUUCUGUUGUUCAUCCUCCUCGUACCCUUCUUCACAAGUCAUAUUUCCUCGCAAGUUUAUCGAGCUGUUCCCUUUUCGUGUUCAAUUCUACUUUCUCCUUCUGCUUUAUUCUUCAUAUUCUUAUUCGGCUAAGAGAUUUUGGUAUAACAUGACUUCUCCAGCAUGCGGUUGAUGGGUGUUUUUCUUUACUCUUAUUGACACAAAUAAUUGGGUAGAACAAACUUGGAGUUAGGAAAAGAGAAUCUGAAACCUUAUUGGAAUCUGACAAUAUCAAGACAAAUUACUAUUGCUGAAAGGAUAUUAUGACCACUAUGGAUGUAAAAGGCAUAACUUGGGUUGGAAAUAUGUACCAGCAAUUUGAGAAUAUGUGCCUGGAGGCAGAAGACGUUAUGUACGAGGAUACAGUUAAAUACUUCGAGAAUCAGAUGCGGGUUGUUGGGGCAAGUGUUAAAAAGUUAUAUUCAGAUAUUGUUGAAGAUUUGCUUCCUCCACUUUCAUGUGGUUUGGAUGAAAAUGUAGACUCUGAUACGUCUAUAGAUCAACAUACUAAUGUUGGGUUCUAUAAGAAACCACUCGAAGAUCUCAAGGAAAGACCUGUCAAGGCUAAUACCAAGCAAAUGACUCGGGAUUCCAGGAUUGAUAGCGAUGCCGUACAUGCUGCAUCGUAUGAUGGAACCCCAGAGACUGAUGCUUCAUUCAUUUCAUCUUCAAGAAAUUCUGUCAAAGGAAGCAAUGUUAUUUCUCAUUCAAUACAAUAUGUUGGGAGCAUGGAUAUUAAAUCAAACAUUGCUACUAAUAACAAUAAAAUAAAUAAGAAAAUGGCUGCAACCAAGAUAUUCAAUGAAGUCACUUUGGCAGAAUCAGAUACGUGCAGGACAUCACAAUCUUGUGAGAUCUCAAAUGAAAAUGAAAAUCUUGGAGUUAGUGUUUCAAAGCCAGCUUUGGGUGAAGUGGCUAGGCUUUCCUCUGCAGCAGAUCAUUGCAAUGAAAUUGACAAUGCUAGUACUGAAGAAUCCCCCAAGGUGCAAGUAGUAGUUAAAUCAGCUGAAGAGAAACAGAUUAAUACGAUUUCUUCUGUCCCAUUUGGAGAGCCAGUUGGUUUCUCUAUGGAUAGAAUGAUACAGUCUGAUGAUUGUUCUAAUAGCAUGGUAGUUAUAUCUCAUCCAGAGCAAGGCCAUAAAACCAUGCAACAAGGUCAUCCAAGGCUUGAGGAAACUUGUGUUAUGGUGACUGGAAAUGAACUUCAAUCAGUCCCCAAGGGAGGUGAUAAUCUGAAAAAUAACAAGAAAUGGAGGCGGGAAAGAUUUUCUUUAUCUAAGAAGUCUGCGAGAAAGCAAGAGUAUAAGGAGCUUGCAGUAUUGCAUGGGAACAGUGAAAAAGUAAAGGGAGUCUGCAUGGAGAGUUUAGAUGCAACUUCACUGGAGGAUCAAAAGAAGUUACUGCCUCUAAGCAUGUCUGAACCUGAGUGGGAGAUUCUUUAAUCACCAGGGGUCCAGGAUGAUGGAGUUGUGUAGUGUAGAUACGCCGCCAAUCUCGAAACUUGACAUUCGCUCUUAAGUCCUAAAGAUGGAGAUUGAUAUGCCCUAUACUGAGAAGAUUUAAAUUCCUAUAUUAUGUUUGGUAUUAUAGUACUUUCUUUCCCCCCUUACUAAACGCAUCCUAUUUACAUAUCCUCCACUGAUUACUAUUGUCAGUUGCAUGUCCAUUAUGACUGAUUUCAUUAUCCUCAAAUGUAUAUAAACCAGUAUUUGCAAUCAGCAUGUGUGGUGGCCUUUGCUAUGCCAAUAAGUUUCAUGCUUACCAGCUAUGUGAAUGGUGAUGUACAAAUACUGUACCCGAACUUUGAGCCUGGUUCUUAAUCCAACUAAGUUAUUGAGUUGGGAAUUGUU